AGCAGGAGUAACUACGGACAGUAUACCCAUAUAUGACAUGAAUUUCUUGUAGUUGUAAUGCUACAGUACUACUCGUCGUUGUUUUCCCAGACUCCAGUUGUAUGUAGUGAUGGCGUCGACAGCACCCCAACCGCGUGAAUCACACGACACUGAUUCUCAAGAGCCUCGGCGCUCUACUGAUGCUCUUCUGACAGAGCACGAUCUUACAACUACCUUCGACGCAGAAAACGGCCAUACUUCAUUGAAGCGGAUAGCAAGCGGGAAAAGAUGGUUGAUGGUUGCUGCUCCCAGCAUACUACUCUGUGUCUUCACGAUCGACUUUGACCUGGUAUUCUUGUCCACUAACUAUAGUAAACGGAUUGCCUCAGAUCUCCAUCAACUUAGCAAUGCGGUGUGGAUCAUCUUGGUUGGAUCCAUCACGGAGACUGCUUCUCAACCUAUUUAUGCAUACAUGGGUAGCAGCUAUGGCCGCAGACCAGCCUUCUUGAUUGCAGCUACUCUCACAGCCACGGGCUUCCUUCUCUGCUCCUUAAGCACUAAGCUCUGGCAUUUGACACUAUCCCGCUUCGUCGUGGGCUCCAGCUGUGCGGGGCUGCCGCUUCUUGUCAUGAUCAUGCUCAAUGAUGCUGUGCCUUUACGCGACUUUGCGCUUUGGCGAAGCCUGCUCAUUUUCGUCCAGAUGGCCGGUGACAUCACUGGGGGCCCUGGUGGCUCGGCCAUUGCUGAAUCCUUCGGUUGGCCUACUGUCUUCGGCGCUGAAGCAGGCGCAAUGUUAUGCGGCCUAGCUAUUUCGUUCUGUACACUUCACCUCCCUUCCAACAAAACUAAUCACCCUCGAGGUUCCAGUUUCGAUUUUGUGAAGCCCCUAUUGCUUCUUGUCACGAUAUCAUUGCCCCUUUUUGCAUUGAACCUUGGUGGCGAGAUUCUGCCCUGGAGCCACCCUGUUGUCAUAACUCUAUUCGCCUGCACCCCAGUGUCACUCGGGAUAUUCUAUUUUGUUGAGACCUUGACUGCUUCUAGUCCCCUGGUACCCGUAGAGCUCGUGAAGGAGCCGGCGAUUAUAGCGCUCAUGGCAUGUGCGUUCUUCGUCGUAUUUGCGUUAAACACGCUCAGCUACAACCUGACUUUAUACAUCGAGACUCGAUCAUUCGACAACCCAUCUGACUUUGGCGACUGGGCCUUGUCAUGCAUUUUUUUCGCAAGGCCAGUGGGCACUCUUCUCUCUGGUCUGGUUAUCAGACGGUACCGAGAACCGUGGUCUAUGUUGAGAGCAAAUAUGAUUGUUUACUUUUGUCUCUAUUUCCUCGUAGCGACGGGUCGGAUACCUGUUGAGAACCCUGCCUUGGCACCGUACUUUCUGUUGAUCGGCCUAAGUAUCGGGGUAACAGAAAGCUGUCUUAUUGUGUCACUAUUCUCCAUGGUGAAGAAAAGGGAUCAACCGUCAUGCCUAGCCUUGUUUAAUGUCGCCGUAGCUCUGGCUGGCGAUGUUGGAGUGGGUGUAUCCCUGUCAUUAACGGACAAAUUCAUCAGAAAUGGUCUCCGCGAGCAGCUUGCCGGAACACCUGACUGUGACAAGAUUAUAUCCGGGGCCAUGGAGAGCCUUGCAACUAUCCGGGAUCUUCCGCCAGCUUUACAGAGCAAGGUCAUUCCGAUUUUUGUUCUGUCCAUGGAGAAGGUUAUGGUAAUAUCGUGUGCAACGCUGCUUAUUGGUGUCGCAUCGACAUUUUUUUACUGGGUCACAUACCAUGAGGGGAAUGAUUUAAUGGCGGCAGAAUGA